AUGGCUGCUCCUCCCGCCAAGCGGCAGCGCAAACUGGUGGUUCUCUCAUCCUCAGAUAACGAGGAGUCGUUUAUAACGUCGCCUUCAGUGGAGAUCAACAGUCCCGAGAAGAAGAACAAGCCUAUGCUGACCUACUCUAGAUCAGCGACUAACACCAAUAUAGUAUCACGCGAGAAUCCAUCGAAGCGGGUUAAGACAACAACAACAUCAAUGAGAGCAAAACCCGAACCGAGCGAAAAAGGUAAUACGCGCGCACCUUCUCGACGAUCAAAAAAGGACUCGAAAGUGGAAGUAUCCUCACCGUCGCCACAGAAAAAGGCUCGUCAACAAAAACAGCAACAACAAGGCGAACCGACGCGGUCAUUGCAUAAUUUCUUCCAGCCUGCGACCGAUGAACAGCGAUGGUCGUUUAGUAAGUCUGAUGCUGGUUCACGGCAAGGACAGCAUGGAUCAUCUUUUGCGGAGGAGUUGGAGGAUGAUUUGAUUGAAGAUGACUGGCUUGAAGACGACUGGAUUGAGGAUGAUGUGCUCGGGGAUGCAAGUGGGCCGCAGAAGCUUACGAUCCGAGAUUCGGUCAAAAAGCACGACUCUAAAGCUCCAAAGCCUGCCUCGCGAGCUUCUAAGCGGUUUAUAUUGGAUGACGAUCCACCUGUCAAGCGGACAGAGGUGACCUCUACAGAAGAGACUGAUCGAAGACCUUGGUCGGAGAAAUAUGCGCCUCAUGUUAUAGAUCACUUGGCCGUUCACAAGAAGAAAGUAGCCGAUGUCAGGGAGUGGCUGAGUGCUGCGCUGUCUGGGAGAAGUCGACAUAAAAUACUUGUAUUACAUGGUCCAGCAGGAUGUGGAAAGACAACUACUGUCUCGCUGCUGUCUGAUGAGCUGAAGUUCGACAUUAUCGAUUGGAAAAGUCCAUUUAGCACUGAUAGCGGCAACGGUCAAUAUACUUCUUUGAGUGCGCAAUUGGACGAUUUUCUAAGCCAGCUGAAUGGAUUUAGCGGUCUCGAUCUCAGCUAUUCUUCUGCUUCUUCUUCUUCUUCUUCUUCUUCGGCAUCAAAGUCUUCGAUUUCUAAACAGACACCAGGGCAGACAGCCAGAAAAAGAGUGAUAUUGAUAGAGGAGUUCCCGGCCAAUUUAUCUUGGGGAUCUACCACGUUGUCCUCGUUUCAGACUUCUCUCCGUCGGUAUUUGGCUUCGAGCUCGCCCGGUUCACGAAGUAUAUUCGGAAGCACAACAGACACGACACCCCCUAUUGUCAUUAUCAUUUCCGAGACAAUGUUGGGCUCAAGCGGGUCAACAUCUGAGAAUUUGACCGCGCACAGAUUACUCGGCCCAGAAGUAUAUACUCACCCAGGCGCAACGACCAUUGAAUUCAAUCCUAUAGCGCCCACCUUCAUGCUGAAAGCUUUGCAAGUUAUUUUGAAAAAGGAAACCAACAAAUCGGGACGUCGGGAGAUCCCUGGUACCGAAGUACUAAAAAAAUUGUCUGAGUUGGGUGAUAUCCGAAGCGCUAUAUCAGCACUUGAGUUUCUCUGCGUGCGAGAUGUUAGGGGUAGUCAAGGAUGGAGUGGCCGAGCCUCUUGGAAAUCGACAACAAAGAGUACAGUUCCGCUUACUGCCAUGGAGAAAGAGUCGUUGGAGUUGAUUACACAACGAGAGACCAGUCUCGGGUUAUUUCAUGCUGUUGGUAAAGUGGUUUAUAAUAAGAGGGAUGAGAAUGUGGACCCAGGACAACAACAAGAAAUUCAUGUUGCGCCUCCGGGUCAUCUACUGCACUUGGAUCGGCCGAAAGUAUCACAGGUAUCUGUUGAGGAUAUGAUGGACAAGACUGGAACGGACGUUCACACAUUUACGGCUGCUUUACACGAGAACUACCCACCGUCAUGUGAUGGGUCGUCAUUCACGGAGACGCUGGAAGGCUGCAUCGAGUAUCUGUCGGACAGUGACAUCCUCGGCUCGGAGACUCGGUCGUUCUUAUUCAACAGUAGGAACGGAAUCGGGACAGCACGCACUCGUUUUCUAGGCUAUGGUGCAAGUAUUGACCGCUUACGACAGGACGAGAUCAGUUUUUACGUUGCGGUGCGCGGGUUGCUAUUCUCUUUGCCGUAUCCUGUACGGAGAAAGAUUGAACAGCAGUCUGCUUCUGCUGCCAAAGGCAAACAUGUUGGCCCGUUUAAGCUUUAUUACCCGACUUCUCAACGACUGUGGAAGGAUAUUGAGCAAGUUGAUGGGUUGGUGAAUCUGUGGGAGAGGCAGCUCCUGCUCGAUCCUUCCGGGAUCAGACGACCAGGCCACAGCCUGGCAGCUGGUCGUGACGGGGGCGUUGCGUCCUGGAAGACGAAUGCGAUGAAUGCGAAUUUGUCAUUGAAUACUGCCAAGCAACGGGAUGAUGAGUCGCAACAAAUGCCUUUUAUGAUGUCUCGCGAAGACAUGCUUCUACACUACUUGCCAUAUCUAUCCAAAAUCAUGGGCGAUACCCGUACGCCUCCUCGUGGACUGGACAGGAUCACUCAAUUCAGCGGCAUCCACGCACCGAAGGAAGAAGACUUUCUAGAUGAUGACAUGCAAGAAGACGUAGAGGCAACGAACGGUCAUCGAGCUGGGAUUCGAAGUUUGGAUACAAACGAGGUGGUUCAGAAAAAGGAGGAACAAUUGUUUCUGAGUGACGAUGAUAUUGAGGACUGA